CGUUUUCGUCGUUCGACUGAAACAAGAUACGUCUUCAUCAUGUCUGGAAGAGGCAAAGGCGGUAAAGGUCUCGGGAAAGGAGGCGCUAAGCGUCACCGUAAAGUGCUUCGCGAUAACAUCCAGGGAAUCACCAAACCCGCCAUUCGUCGUCUAGCUCGCCGCGGCGGAGUCAAGCGCAUCUCCGGUCUGAUCUACGAGGAGACCCGCGGUGUGCUGAAGGUGUUCCUGGAGAACGUGAUCCGCGACGCCGUCACCUACACCGAGCACGCCAAGAGAAAGACCGUCACCGCCAUGGACGUUGUGUACGCGCUCAAACGACAGGGACGCACCUUACCUACGUCACCACACCUUUAUGACGCCAGAAGCUCGAUGGCAAGAACCAAGCAGACCGCUCGUAAAUCCACCGGUGGUAAAGCCCCGAGGAAGCAGCUCGCUACUAAAGCCGCCCGGAAGAGCGCCCCAGCCACCGGCGGCGUCAAGAAGCCCCACCGUUACAGGCCCGGGACCGUGGCUCUCCGAGAGAUCCGCCGCUAUCAGAAGUCCACCGAGCUGCUGAUCCGCAAACUGCCUUUCCAGCGUCUGGUGCGAGAGAUCGCUCAGGAUUUCAAGACGGACCUGCGCUUCCAGAGCUCCGCUGUCAUGGCCCUGCAGGAGUCCAGCGAGGCUUACCUGGUCGGUCUGUUCGAGGACACCAACCUGUGCGCCAUCCACGCCAAGAGAGUCACCAUCAUGCCCAAAGACAUCCAGCUGGCCCGCCGCAUCCGCGGAGAGCGCGCUUAAACCCGCCGCUGACAAACACCCCAAAGGCUCUUUUAAGAGCCAC